AGUUCUGGAGCCAACCUGCUCACUCCCUGAGACACUCAGGUCACAGAAGCAGUAGGUCAGAAGCUUGAGGGGACAGAAGGAGCAUCACUCUGAAGGCCACCAGUGCACCUGUUGAGAUGGAGGCCUCAGAUGGGCAAGGGGCUGAAGGGGACAAGCCACCAAAGAAGGUGACAGAUGUACCCUGCUUAGAGAAGAGCUCUGGCACCACCUCCACUGGGAGCUCACUUAUACGCCAUGCCAAGGGCCUGGGUCAGGACACCUUCAAAAUAUGUAAAGAAUAUCUAAGGCCACUGAAGAAGUUUCUGCGAAAGUUGCACCUGCCCAGGGACCUUCCCCAGAAGAAGAAGCUAAAGUACAUGAAGCAGAGCCUGCUGGUCCUAGGGGACCACAUCAACACUUUUCUGCAGCACUACUGCCGAACCUGGGAGAUCAAGCACUGGAGGAAGAUGCUCUGGCGAUUUGUUUCUCUAUUCUCAGAAUUGGAGGCAAAACAACUUCGCAGGCUCUACAAGUACACCAAGAGCAACCAGACAGCGAAGUUCCUGGUGAGGCGCUCAGGAAAGCUCCUCCCGGGCCCAGCUGAGGGUUGGCUGGUGGCGUUCUGCCCCUUGGACGCACCGGAGAGCUCCUUGCUGGCCGACCAGGAAGACAGUCUGCCCAAACUCUGCAGUGCCUGGGGCCUGCACAGCAACAUCAGCGGCAUGAAGGAGAGGCUGUCCAAGAUGCAGGCCCCUGGCCCAGAGGCCUCUCUGCUGGGGGAGCCCACAUCCGGGGCCCAGGGCGGGCCAGGUUCUCUAAGGAAACUUCCUCAAAAAACAAAACUCAGAAGGAAGAGGAUUGAGGAAGCCCCCGAGACUCCAGAGACCUGCGCGUGAGAACAGCCAGCCAGGCCGGGGUGCAGGGCCAGCUUGUCCUGGCUCCCAGAGCACUUGGUCUUGUCUUCAACACCUCUGCACCCUGGGGGCUGGGGGCCAAGGAGGGGAAAGACGAAAACUGUCUGUCAAAAGGAUGUUCAGAUCUUAGUUAUGUCUAAAUGGGGUGGGGAAAUAAACAUCCUUAAGACAGUUCCACCGUA